CGAGACUUUUUACAAGAUCGCCUAGGCUAACGCUACCCGGCGGGGUUGACUUUCAGACCGAACCACAGAAGCUACGCAAGUCCGUCGCCUUUAGCGAAGGUACCGUCAUCAUGGAUACCAAAGGAGAGGUCACAGAGGCGCCUCAGGUUGAGAAGCCUGUCGCCGAAGAGGCGGCCGGCGACAAGUCCGUCGACGAGGUCACCGAGAUGUUCAAGGGCCUGACGAAAAAGAAGAAGAGCAAGAAGCCCAAGGAGGGCGAAGCCGGCGAAGGCGACGAGGAGACCCCCACAGCGGCCGGCGACGAGUUCGACCCGACGGCGCUGAAGAAGAAGAAGAAGAAGAAGACCAAGAAGGUGGACGACUUCGAGGCCAAGCUGGCCGAGGCCGGCAUGGGCGAGCGCGAGGAGACCGCCGACGGCGAGCCCAAGGAGGAAGAGCUGCCCGAGGGCGAUCUCGAGGCCGGCACGGGCAUCUGGGCCCACGACGCCACGCAAUCCAUCCCCUACUCGCUGCUCGUCUCGCGAUUCUUCUCCCUCAUCCAGAGCCACCACCCGGAUAUGCUCUCCAGCGGCACCAAGUCCUACAAGAUCCCGCCCCCGCAGUGUCUGCGUGAGGGUAACCGUCGUACCAUCUUUGCCAACAUUGCCGAUAUCUGCAAGCGCAUGAAGCGGUCCGACGACCACGUCAUGCAGUUCCUGUUCGCGGAAUUGGGUACCAGCGGUAGUGUGGACGGUUCGCGACGAUUGGUUAUCAAGGGUCGUUUCCAGCAGAAGCAGAUUGAGAACGUCCUGAGAAAAUACAUCGUCGAAUACGUCACCUGCAAAACCUGCCGCAGCGGCGACACCGAGCUCAACAAAGGUGAGAACCGUCUGUACUUCGUCACCUGCAAUUCGUGCGGUUCUCGUCGUUCCGUCGCGGCCAUCAAGACCGGUUUCCGUGGCCAAGUCGGCCGCAGAAAGAGACAGGGUUAAACGGGCUCGAAAAAGCUUUUUUAUCUUUCUGUCCUGUUUUGUUUCUCUUGGGGAAGAGGUUGUGUGUACGGAAGCAAAAGAGCUGGCUACAUCGUGUAGCGUUCCCCCUUUACUCUUACUCGCUCUCUCUUCCUGGCGAUUCUCGACUUUUGCUUUCCUCCCAUUACUU